AUGCCACCUCGUGAGGCAGCUUGCGAGCCUUGUAGGAGGUCGAAGUUGGCCUGUGAUCAUGCUCGGCCGGUGUGCACUCGUUGUUUGGGUGCUAACAGAGGCGACGCUUGCGAGUAUAGAACUGCACCAUUCAAAAGAAGGCGAACAGAUUUAGAAUCCGAGCCACCACCAACAGCAGCUGCGACGCCAACAAUUCGACCGUAUCCAAAUCCAGGCUUUCAAGGCUCGCUGAGUUCUGCUGCAAUUUUCAGUCACAUUUCUCCUCGACAUCAUGAGCCGGGAAGUGCUCAACCAGAACCCGACACUGUGCCUGCUGGGGUGUCCGUGCCUGCAUUGCUCGACAACGAUGAUAUUGCUUGUAGACAAGGAACGUCAUUGAUAAAGUUGCUGCUUGAGGAAUACCCAUUGAGUACCCUCAAAGAUCUGGUCUCGUUCUGGCUUGCCAAGGGCAUCAGUCUCUCACAUGCUGAGUCUCUGCUGGGUUCAUGCGUGGACAGCAUGGACGAAGCUUUAAACUCUGGACAACCAACAGACACUUGCAUGGAAUACUUGACUCGGAACUCACAGAGCCCUUUGCUAUUUGGACCGGAAACGACCUUUGAGGCAUACGCUGCCCAAUUUUCAGGUCACAAUGCCCGAUUGGAGACGUUAGGUAUCUUCUUGUCGGCGGUUGUGAGAGCCACGAAUGACGUCCCGUUCUUCCCUACCCUGUACAAGACUGAUGAAGACAAAUUCAGACUUCGAAAGUUGGCGACUCGACUGAGCGACCAUGCUUUAGAAGUCUGCCUUUCACUUGAUUGCUUAAACGACCUUCAGCUUGCGUUCCAAUACGAAAACUUUAUCGUGCACACCUUCGUUGACGGAGACCAGAGUUACAGCUCAUGGCGCAGACUAGGCGAUGUCAUUGCCUCAAUGCUCGCUCUUGGUUAUCACGAAAGAGUGGAAACGCGUUCGAGAAUCCCAAACUUCUUGGUGGAGCUACGGCAAAGUGCAUUUGCACGCAUAUAUACCGACGACAAGGAAGUAUCUAUCUUCCUCGGUCGGCCACCUCGGUUGAGCAGACGAUUUUGUCACUUCCGCAUACCAAUUGCUCUCGACUCGUUUGAAGUCAACACGUCUGUCCCAGGCGGUGAGACCACCGGACAAGCGAACGAGAUCAAAAUUGACUACAGAGCGGGAUGUAGCUGGGCCGCUCUGUGCGCGCUACUAAAAGAAGAAAUUCUCGAGUUGUUUAUAGAGAAGAACCGCGAACACUGCGCCCAACGGGCCGGCGUUAUCUGUGCGAAGGCAGAGGCACAAUGGCAGCAACUACCCACGCACAUGCGUUACGAUGUCGGAUGUCUCAAUGACUACAGAAGGAGUCCAUUCGAACGCGACUUCCUGAUCAGUGCUCGGCUCGAUCACAUACACAUUCGCUUUCUUCUACGAUUCAUCUUACUCAACAACUUGGCACAUCCAGACGACGAGAUGAUCCAGAUCGCGCACGAAAUGCUCACUUUGGUCGUUCAAGCAGUGCUUGCUCGCGACCGCCUUGCCAAUUCUGGAAGUGGUCUUGUGUGGAAAGUCAUCCUCUAUGGUUUACCAGCUUCUGGCAUCAUUUUGCUCGCGAUCCUCGAGCAGCGCAAUCCAUAUCACUUUGGAGGCUUAUCUCGCGCCAAAGUUCUGCAAAACCUGAGAAUACUGGUAGCCGAAAUCCAGAUUGGCGCCUUGUCACAUCCCAGAGAGCCGAAUUUUGCACUGCUUACACGAGCCGCACAGACAAUCGAGAAUUUCCUGGAUUCGGAGGAGAGACAUGAUCAUCAUCCAAAUGGUCAAAUGAGCACGCAUCCAGACGCUGCUCCUGGGCAAAUGGGCCCCUGGGCAUCCAAUUUGAAUCUGGAAGCCUGGGACUUUGACCUCGGGUUCUGGGAAAAUUUGGCCGAGCAUCCCUUCUUGUCUAAUCUCGAGUUUCCGACGUAG